CUGGAUGAUCAUUAACUCCCUCUGAGUUUAUUUUUUUUUUCCUUUCCGGGUUCGUGGGAACUGACUUUCCUCCAGCUAAUCACCUGCAUGCGGAGUAAGAAACGAGUCAUACGUAACAGCGCGCAGUCUCAGUGCAGGAAGCGGGCUGGUCUCCACCUGCAGAGGACCCACAGAGCACCGGAGCGGAGUCACGCAGCGAGCCGCAGGAGCACUUCUAACCCGGCUAUCUGAGGAGAGGGUCCGGACAGAGCGACCAUGGUCUGCGGGGGGUUUGUUUGCACCAAGAACGCACUUUCUGCGCUCAAUAUCCUCUAUGUUAUGGUGAGUCUGCUGCUGAUUGGGGUGGCAGCCUGGGGGAAGUGGUUCGGCCUGGUCUCCAGCAUCAGUGUGGUGGCGGGGGUCAUCGGGGUGGGCUCCUUCCUGCUGCUGGUUGCCUUCGUGGGGCUGUGCGGAGCCCUGAAGCACCACCAGGUCCUUCUCUUCUUCUACAUGAUGAUCCUCUUCGUAGUGUUCGUGUUGCAGUUCUCCAUCUCCUGUGCAUGUCUGGCUCUGAAUAAAGACCAGCAGAACCAGCUGCUGGAGGCUGGAUGGAACAAAUCUGAGGCCAUGCAGCAGGACGUGGAGAAGACGCUCAACUGCUGCGGCUUCUCUUAUGUUAACCACAACAGCUCCUGUCCUGCUCAAUGCUUCAGCAACCCGCCAUCCUGCGACACCUGUUCACACACCCUGCAGAGCUACGCCAGGGAGGUGCUGCAGUUUGUGGGCGGCAUCGGGCUCUUCUUCAGCUUCACAGAGAUCCUUGGAGUUUGGCUCACGCACAAAUACAGAAACCUCAAAGAUCCUCGAUCCAACCCCGGAGCCUUUCUGUAACCGCUCGUUAAAAGAAACCAGAACUGCACUGUUCAUUGUUCACUAACUUCUUUCUUUUCUUGUAUUUUAUAAGUUAUUUGUAUGAAGGUGAAAAGUGAGGCUGUAACUCCAGCACGAAGUCUGGAGUCACAGUAAGAAGUAGAAAAUACAGCAGCAAUAGUUCUUUAUCUUUGGUGAUUUAAUGCAAAUAUUAAUCUAAAAUGCUGACGCUCUGCAUGUCUCACAGAUAAAAUCAGCAGCUUAAUAAAAACUGAGCACUUUGCUUUAGUUCUGCAGAGUUCUACAUCUGGCUCGGUGGAUUUAUCUUGCUCCACUCUUCACUGGUAAAAAUGAAGGAAGGACAUAUUGUCAUUGUUUUACUCUUCGUACUUUUGUUCCUGAGUAAAUGAGUUUAGAAAAUUCCUGAUUUGAAUUUUGCAUGUUUGGUAGCUGCUUCACGUCACGUCUCCAGCUGAGAUGCAGUCUGACGCUGGUUACAGCCCAGACGGAUCAGAUGUCAGUAAACCCACUAACGAUGUCAUUUAUUAAUCUAAGACAGUAAAUUCUUCCUUUCAACCUGCGCUGCUCUCUGUCCGGGCAGCCCGUCAUGUACAUUGUGUUUGGUGUUAAUAUGUUUGUAAAUCUGUAACUUGUGGUGAGUUUGACAUAAAGACCGGAAAUGUCCUGGAA